GGAGCACGCCGGAGCAGGUUGAGCGAGCCCCCAUCCUCAAUGACACCAUGGCCGCACAGAUCGAAAACAUGCCUACCUUCGCCUCGCAGCCCGCCGCCCCCGUCGCUGACCCCUGGGCGCAGGCUGCGACUGUCCGCGGCUUGGGCGCACCUCGUGCUCGCCAGGGAGAAAAUGCUGGUUUCCAGUUGGUUGGCGAAGAUAACGAAUUCAGAGCCUACGUGGACAAGGCCAGCAGUGAGAUUCUCAACUCCGUCUCUGGCUUGCAGGACCGCCCGAUGGAGGGCCCUGGCUUCAAGAGGAAGGUUGACCCAGCGGUGGUGGUCAUCACGGCCCGCGUGCUCGGUGCCGAGGAGACGGCUCAGGCUGCCUGCGCCCCUUUCUUCGAAGACUUCAACAUGUCGGCGGAUACUGACUACGCAUGGGAUGGCGACCCGACGGGCAAGAUAUUAUCAAUCAGGUUCAAGGGAGCUGAG